CUCUGCCUCUGGAAGGGUGGGAAGGAGGGGACGGCUGGGCAGGCUGUGUUUAUAGAGGGGCUGUGUACAUACAGCUAUAAAACUCCAGCUAACUUUCUACUUCCAGCGUUUCUGCACGUACACAUUUAUCUGUCUGAGAUCCGAGAGAGGAGCUCGGAGCCGCGGACUAAAGAUGAGGGCUGGAACGCUAACUCUGGUGUUUGGGCUUUUAUGGUUGACUGCGUUUUCCCCGCUGCACUGUGAGCCGAAGGGACCCCUUCCUGAAGAGAAGCUCCUUGUACUGACAGUAGCAACAAAAGAAACUGAUGGAUUUAAGAGGUUCAUGAGAUCUGCACAGCACUUUAAUUACACAGUUAAGGUUCUUGGCAGGGGUGAAAAAUGGAACGGUGGGGAUUAUAUGACAGCACCCGGAGGAGGACAGAAAGUACGUCUGCUGAAGUCAGCCCUGGCUGACAUAAAAGAGAAGGAUAAGAUCAUUCUCUUCAUUGACAGCUAUGAUGUUGUCUUUUCCUCGGGUCCCAAAGAGCUGCUGAAGAAGUUCCAGCAGGCUAAACACAAGGUGGUCUUCUCAGCCGAGACCCUAAUUUGGCCGGACCGUCAUUUGGAGGACAAGCACCCGCACGUCAGAGAGGGAAAGAGGUUCCUUGGGGCUGGAGGCUUCAUUGGCUAUGUCCCUAACCUUAAGGAGAUGGUCUCAGAUUGGUCAGGGGAAGAUGAUGACAGUGACCAGCUGUUUUAUACCAAAGUGUACAUCAACCCAGCAAAACGGAAAUCUAUAAAUAUAACCCUGGACAGCAAGUGCAGAUUGUUCCAGAACCUCCACGGAGCUCUUGAUGAAGUGGUGUUGAAAUUUGAGGACGGAAGGGUGCGGGCCAGAAAUGUGUUGUAUGACACCCUGCCUGUUAUUGUGCAUGGCAAUGGGCCCACAAAGCUGCAGAUUAAUUACCUUGGAAACUAUAUCCCGAAUGUGUGGACAUUCGAGACUGGCUGCACAGUUUGCAGUGAAGACCUUCGGUCCUUUUCAACACUCAAGGAGAGUGAGUUUCCAGUGGUGGUCAUUGGCAUCUUCAUUCAGCAGCCCACUCCCUUCGUUUCAGCGUUUUUCGAGCGCCUGGUUAAUCUCAAGUACCCCAAAAACCGCCUCAACCUCUUCAUUUACAAUCAGGAGCCACACCAUGAUAAGCACAUCCGUUCAUUCCUAGAAAGUCAUGAAGCAGACUACAAGGUUGUGAAGCUGAUUGGUCCAGAUGAGGGGGUCGAUGUUAUAACUUCACGCAAUAUUGGCUUUGAUAUGUGUCGAGAUGACAUUGACUGUGAAUACUUCUUUAGUGUGGAUGUGGAAGUAGUCUUGAAGAAUGAAGACACUCUUAAGAUACUAAUUGAGCUUAAUAAACCUUUUGUAGCACCAAUGAUGACUAAACCUGGCCGCCUGUGGACAAAUUUCUGGGGAGCUCUGAGUGCAGAUGGGUACUAUGCCAGGUCAGAGGACUAUGUGGACAUUGUUCAAGCACGCAGAGUGGGGAUCUGGAAUGUUCCAUAUGUGUCUCAGGUGUACCUGCUUAGAGCUGACGUUCUGAGAAGUGAACUAAAAGAUUCUGACCUCUUCAAUUCUGCAACACUUGACCCAGAUAUGGCCUUCUGCUCUAGAGUGCGAGAUCAGGGUGUGUUCAUGUUUGUAACAAACAUGCAUUCAUUCGGCCGUGUCCUAAAUACAGAAAACUACCAGACGAAUCACCUGCACAAUGAUCUUUGGCAGAUCUUUGAAAACCCAGUGGACUGGGAGGAGCGAUACAUUCAUGAGAACUACUCACAAAUUUUGAACGGCAAUAUAGUGGAAAAUCCAUGUCCUGAUGUAUACUGGUUCCCAAUUUUCACUGAACGGACCUGCACACACCUUGUUGAAGAAAUGGAACAUUUUGGCCAGUGGUCUGGAGGUGGAAAUACAGACACCAGGAUCCAGGGAGGUUAUGAAAAUGUUCCCACAAUUGACAUUCACAUGAACCAGGUUAAUUUUGAAAAAGAGUGGCAGAAAUUCCUUUUGGAUUAUAUUGCCCCUGUCACAGAGAAAAUGUUUCCUGGGUACUUUACAAGGUGUAUCUCCUACCUCAACUUUGUUGUGAGGUACAAACCUGACGAGCAGCCCUUACUCACCCCACACCACGAUGCGUCCACUUUUACUAUUAACAUAGCUCUCAACAGCAAAGACAUUGACUAUCAGGCUCUGUUUGAUUUGGCGUUUGUUGUUAGAUAUAGACCCGAUGAACAGCCCUCUUUAAGGCCACAUCACGAUGCGUCCACUUUUACUAUAAAUAUUGCUCUCAAUCAAGUGGGAAUAGAUUAUCAGGGCGGAGGCUGUCGAUUCAUUAGAUACAACUGCUCCAUACGGGCCCCCAGGAAAGGUUGGGCCCUCAUGCACCCGGGCCGCUUAACACACUACCAUGAAGGCCUUCCUACCACAUCAGGCACCAGAUACAUCGCUGUUUCAUUUGUGGAUCCUUGAGUUGAUCUCAUAAGGAAGCCAAUUGUUUAGAAAAACAAAACCAAACAGGAUGGUUAUAUUGUAAUAUGGGAGUUUUAGCAGGACCAGAGACGCAAUCAUUUUGACUUUAAAUUGAGAAUCAUUAAACGAUUUGAUAGAGACUGUGCCUUACAUGCCAUAUAAAUCUGUAAUGUUGUACUAACAGAACUGUAUUUAGAAGGCCAAGUGAACUCAGGUUUACUUUAAAUGCAGUAGAUGGAGAUGCAGUGUGUACCUCUAUGAAAAAAAUGCUUUUAUUUAUUGAUCCAUUUCCAAAGCAUUUACACCAAAGGUUUAAGUGAUAGAAAUUAUUUGCUCAACUAUUUUUUUUUCUUGGAUAACAGAAUCAUACAUCAGGCUUUCUACUUGAUAAUGUUUCCUAGAAAAAGGUGCUACUGUUUAGAGAUGGGCUGAUGUAGGUUUUUUCUUCAGUGCUCUCUUAAGUCAUAAUUUUAUAUGUCCGUUGUUUUUAUUUUAAAGGUUUGUUUUCUUAUUUUUUCUUGUCAAUAAAUGUUACUUUUUCACUAA